AUGCCUCACAAAGCCAUUUGGGUCGACAGCUGUGACCAGCUCUCAAUUCGGGAAAUCGAAGAGAAUUAUGUCCCACAAGAAGCGGAGACACUCAUCCAGGUGUCGUUCAGUGGAAUCAAUCCUGCAGAUCUCAAACACGGAAUCUACAUGGGCAUCAACGAGAACGUUGCCGGCUAUGACUUCUCCGGAACCGUUGUCGAGGCCGGUCCUGGAUCUCGAUUCAUAGCUGGAGACAGGGUUGCAGGUCUUACCCCUGCAAUGAACCCUCGGCCCGCCAAGAACGGAGCUCAUCAGCAGUACCUCAUCGCACCUGAUCUGAUGACGUUCCCUGUGCCAGACCAUGUCUCCAUGGAACUUGCCGCAACACUUGGUGUUGCCAUGCGCACGGCAAUCGACGCUCUCUUCUGUGUUCUGGGACUUCCUGAGCCCGACUCAAACUUAGAAAACCCUGGUGCACUUCUGAUCUGGGGAGGCGCCAGUGGCGUGGGAACAGCUGCUAUUCAGCUAGCUGCCGCCGCUGGAAUCAGGCCUAUUCUUGUUACUGCUUCGCCACAAAACCAUGAGAUCUUGCAAAAGCUCGGAGCAACACAUUGUUUCAAUUAUCGUGACGAUGACGUAGUCGAACAGAUUAAGCUCUGGGUGUCCAAGUCAGGAAAAUCCCUUGACUAUGCCUUUGAUACCAUUGGACAUGUGGGAUAUGCGCAUAUGGCCGAUCUGUGUUUCUCAAGCAGCUCCGAAGAUGCGAGAGUCGUUUCCACCAUUCCCCACAGUAAAUCUCUAAAUUGCUUUGCAACAACCGCCAACGAGCUCUCUUUCGAGGGCUUUACUGGCACAGUCACAUUUGCGGCUCGGCUAGCCGAUGCAGAGCGAACUUCUCAAAUCUUGGAGCGGGCUGUGAACAAGUUGAAAUCUCUUACGAUGCCAACAUUGAAGACAGUCUAUGGAUAUGAGGCUGGCAUUGAAGCUAUCGCGGAAUCCGCUGAGGGAACUGCGAGCUUUGAGAAGGUCGUUGUUGCGCAUGAAAAUGUCGUUUAG